AUGGACAAGAAAUAUCCGCAGAGAAGCAGCACCGUUAAAGACAAAAGUGAGUGGAACAACGUGAUCUUUGAAGGAGAACAUUCAAGUGGGUUUUCAUUGCCUCAAAGAAACUACACAUGCAGCUUUUGCAAGAGAGAAUUCAGCUCUGCUCAAGCACUUGGGGGCCAUAUGAACGUUCACAGGAGAGACAGAGCCAAGCUGAGACAGCUACCUUCUUGGUUUUUUGAAUGUCCAAAACCUACUUCUAAUUCUAACCCUAAAACUUUACUUUCUCCCUCAUCUAAGUUCUUACCAUAUCCUGAUCUCACUCAUGAUCAUUCCUUGCUGUCUCUAUCCCUCGCUUCUUUCUCUUCACCUUCUUACCCAGAAAAGAGAUCUAUAGUUGAAUGUCGUCAAAGUAUAGAUUUAACAAAGAACAAGGGCAGCAUGGGAGAUCAUGGGUUUGGACAAGAAUGUGAUCAGCUUGAAGCUGUUAUGAGGAGAAGUGAGAUUAUUGGCUUGGACUUGGAAAUGGGGUGUGAAGAUCCCAAGGAGUUUCAUUUAAUAAAACUUUACACAUGGAAAGAGAGGGAGAUCAUGACAAGAGACAGGCAGAAAAGGGAAGAAGUUGGACAUAAAAAAGUACAGAUCUUAACAAAUACCCACUUCUACCCCCAGCACUCUCGUCACGCCAUACAUCUGGUACAAGCUGUUGAGUCUAGGGCAGAGACCCCCCAAAAAGACACUGGUGCAGAUCGCGAUGAAGAGAGGCUUGGAAUUAGCAAUCGCCUGGUAUGCAUUCUUCCGGUGGAUGUGGAUGUGGAUGAAAAACAUAAUGGGCCAAGUCCAUUCACAAUCUUAAUUACAAUGGCCCAAGAUACCAAAUCAGCCAAGUAG